AUGCCCAAAAUACUUGUAACUAGAAAUUUAGGACCGGACGCAAUGUCCAUCCUCGCUUCUUCAGGCCUGGAAACUAUAAUCAAUCCUCAUGAUGCCGCUCCGAGCCGAGAGUGGGUGCUCGGUCAUUUAGCUGACCCAGAAGUGAGGGGAGUAUGCUUGAUGCAUUCCCAACCUAGCGACAAAGUGGAUGAUGAGUUCUUGAAGGCUUGUAAUGAGAAUUUGAAGGUGGUCUCCACUUUUAGUGUGGGGUAUGACCAUAUCAACAUCGAAGGCGCUAAACGACGAGGUAUCAAGAUAGGACAUACACCGGGAGUAUUGAGUGAUGCUGUCGCUGAUAUCACCGUCAUGUUGGUGUUGAUGACAUUGCGGAGAGUGGAAGAAGGUAUUUCCUUGGUUAAAUCAGGUGGAUGGUCUAAACUCCCAUGGGCACCAUUCAUACUCUGCGGUCCAUCCAUCUCCCAUCCAUCUCUGGUACUAUCUUUCUUAGGUUUUGGUCGUAUAUCACAACAUGUUCUCUCCCGUUUACUAGCUUUCACAUCCAAAACACAUCCUCCUCAAGUCCAAUACGUUUCAUCUCAUGCACGUUCCAACCAAAUGGAGAUCGAUCAACAAUUCAGUCAUAGGUUCGGUGUGAAGGUUAAACUUGUAGAGAGAGAUCAACUUGCUUCAGAAUCGGAUAUCUUGAUAGUUUUAUGUGAUUUGAAUCCCAGUACGAAAGAUUAUGUCAAUUCUGAAUUCCUUGGGAAAAUGAAGAAAACUGCUGUUUUGGUCAAUGCGGCCAGAGGACCUAUCGUUAAUUCUGAUGAUCUAGCUCAUGCAUUAUCGACAGGUCAGAUAUUUGGUGCGGGGUUAGAUGUGAUCACUGGUGAACCUAAUAUAUCAUCUGAUCAUCCUCUUGUCAAAGCUCAGAAUUGUGUGAUCAUCCCACAUAUGGGUUCGGCGGAUGUCGACACGAGGAAAGCCAUGGCGGAAUUGUGCGUUAGGAACGCUAUUGCCGGGGUCAAAGGAGAACCUAUGCCAGCCAUGGUGCAAUAA